GGCACCCCGACCCCCUGUUCCUCCAACCCCCUUGCACUCUUCCUAGUCCUCCUGGCACCCCGACCCCUUGUUCCCCCUGCGCCCCUGUCUCCCGGAUCGCCCAGCACCCCUGCUCCCCUGGCUCAAGUCCUCGUCCCUGGAUCCCCCUGAGGUCCUUGCCCCCCACCCCUUUUCCCCCUUCUUCUCCUCACUCUGGGGAUUCCCCCCACCCCACCUUCUCCUGGGUCGUCUUCUCUCCCCCAACCUCGCCUCGUCCAUGACAAGCGCCCGGGACUAGCGAGCGGCUGAAGGAACCAUGUCCUAUGUCCCUUUUCGAGAUGUGCGAGGAGCCCCCAUGCACCGCAUGCCCUACAUGCACUCUCCCUACGAACGCCCAGCCUGGAAUCCACGAUUCUGCAUCAUCUCUGGAAACCAGCUGCUUAUGCUAGACGAGGACGAGAUCCACCCGUUGCUGAUGAGGGAACGGCGAAGUGAACCCUGCCGGACCAAGCUGCUGCGCCGCACGGUCAGCGUCCCUGUGGAGGGGCGGCCUGAGCACGAACACCACGUGAGCCGCUCCCGGAGGAAGAGCGUCCCUGCAGGGAAGCAAUACAGCAUCAACAUGGACGCGCCCCCGGCACCCCCAUUCCGGCCCUCGCAGGGCUUCCUGAGCCGGCGUUUGAAGAGCUCCAUCAAACGGACAAAGAGCCAGCCCAAACUGGACCGGACCAGCAGUUUCCGCCAGAUCCUGCCACGGUUCCGGAGUGCUGACCAUGACAGAGCCCGCCUCAUGCAGAGCUUCAAGGAGUCGCACUCCCACGAGUCCCUGCUGAGCCCCAGCAGCGCGGCUGAGGCCCUGGAGCUCAACCUGGAUGAGGACUCCAUCAUCAAACCCGUGCACAGCAGCAUCCUGGGCCAGGAGUUUUGCUUCGAGGUCACCACUGCGUCCGGCACCAAGUGCUUUGCUUGCCGCUCAGCCGCAGAGCGCGACAAGUGGAUCGAGAACCUGCAGCGAGCCGUGAAACCCAACAAGGAUAACAGCCGGCGGGUGGACAAUGUGCUGAAGCUGUGGAUCAUUGAGGCACGGGAGCUGCCACCCAAGAAGCGCUAUUACUGCGAGCUGUGCCUCGACGACAUGCUCUACGCCCGCACCACCAGCAAGAUGCGCACGGACAAUGUCUUCUGGGGCGAGCACUUCGAGUUCAACAACCUGCCAGCCGUGCGCACCAUCCGCCUGCACAUCUACAAGGACACGGACAAGAAGCGCAAGAAGGACAAGAGCAACUACGUGGGCAUGGUCAGCAUCCCCAUCGCCAGCGUCACCGGGCGCCACUUCGCCGAGCAGUGGUACCCGCUCAGCCAGCCCAGCACCAGCAAGAGCAAGGCCAGCUGCCCUGCUGUGCGCGUCAAGAGCCGCUUCCAGACCAUGAGCAUCCUCCCCAUGGAGCUGUACAAAGAGUUUGCUGAGUAUGUGACCAACAACUACCGCAUGCUGUGUGCCGUGCUGGAGCCGGUCCUGAGCGUCAAGAGCAAGGAGGAAGUGGCCUGCGCGCUGGUGCACAUCCUGCAGAGCACUGGCAAAGCCAAGGAUUUCCUCUCGGACAUGGCCAUGACGGAAGUUGAUCGGUUCAUGGACCGGGAGCACUUGAUAUUUCGGGAGAACACCCUGGCCACGAAAGCCAUAGAGGAGUAUCUGAAACUCAUUGGCCAGAAAUACCUCAAGGACGCCAUUGGUGAGUUCAUCCGGGCGCUCUACGAGUCAGAGGAGAACUGUGAGGUUGACCCCAUGAAAUGCUCCUCAUCCACCCUGCCUGACCACCAGGCCAACCUGCGUAUGUGCUGUGAGCUGGCGCUCUGCAAGGUCGUCAAUUCGCACUGUGUGUUCCCGCGGGAGCUGAAGGAGGUGUUUGCCUCGUGGCGUCUGCGCUGCGCUGAGAGGGGCCGCGAGGACAUCGCUGACCGGCUGAUCAGUGCCUCGCUCUUCUUGCGCUUCCUGUGCCCGGCGGUCAUGUCGCCCAGCCUCUUUGGGCUCAUGCAGGAGUACCCAGACGAGCAGACGUCCCGCACGCUGACCCUCAUCGCCAAAGUCAUCCAGAACCUGGCCAACUUCAGCAAGUUCGGCAGCAAGGAGGAGUACAUGGCAUUCAUGAACGAGUUCCUGGAGCUGGAGUGGGCCAGCAUGCAGCAGUUCCUCUAUGAGAUCUCAAACCUCGACACCCUGACCAACAGCAGCAGCUUUGAGGGCUACAUUGACCUGGGCCGCGAGCUCUCCACACUGCAUGCUCUGCUCUGGGAGGUCAUGCCCCAGCUCAGCAAGGAAGCCCUGAUCAAGCUAGGCCCCCUGCCUCGGCUGCUCAAUGACAUCAGCGUCGCCCUCAGGAACCCGCAUAUCCAGCGGCAGCCAAGUCACCAAGGGGAGCGGCUGCAAACUAAGCCCAUCAUCCUGCGGGGGCCAUCCUCUGACAUGCAGCCCUACAUGAUGCGUGACCUCAACAGCUCCGUCGAUCUGCAGCCCUACAUGGUGCGGGGCCUCAACAGCUCCAUGGACAUGACCCGGUUGCCUUCGCCCACCAAGGAGAAGGGCUCCAAGGACAUGUUCUUUGUGACGCGACCCCCGCUGGCCCGCUCCUCGCCUGCCUACUGCACCAGCAGCUCCGACAUCACGGAGCCCGACCAGAAGAUGCUGAGCGUCAACAAGAGCGUCUCGAUGCUGGACCUGCAGGACAGCCGCAUGAACAGCGUCUCCAACCUGCAGAGUGUGGGCGACAUGCUCAACAGUAGCCAGGCCUCCAUCACCGCGGCCAUGGGACUGCGGCCCAGUCGCCUCUCGCAGGGCAGUGGCUCCAGCAUCGCGGCUGGCCUGCGGCUCAGCCACAUGGGAGUCACCACUGAUGGGGCUGCAGCCCAGCAGCUUAGGGUGCCCCUCUCCUUCCAGAACCCCCUCUUCCACAUGGCCUCAGACGGGCCCUCAGCCGCACCCUCGCACCGGCCGUCUGAGGGCAACCCCGACACCUUUGCCCCCUUCCACGGCUACAGCAAAAGCGAGGAUCUGUCCGCCAGUAAGCACAUCAUCCACAGCCACAGCUACAGUGACGAGUUCACCCGCCAGGGCUCCGAGUUCACCAAGCGCCAGCUCUCGCUGCAGGAGAACCUGCAGAACAUGCUCUCCCCCCCACAGAUCACCAUCGGGCCCCAGCCCCAGCGAGCCCCGCCCCAGCCGCAGCCCCAGGUCCCACUUCAGCGCGGAAAGUCUCAGCAGCUGACGGUCAGCGCGGCCCAGAAACCCCGGCCCUCCAGUGGCAACCUGCUGCAGUCACCUGAGCCCACCUACGGGCCAGCCCGUGCCCGCCAGCAGUCGGUCACCAAGGAGACGCCCUCUGCACUCAAGCCAACCAUUACCAAGCAGCCAUCGCACACGCCUUCCACGCUGAACCCGGUCAUGCCUGCCUCUGAGCGCACCGUGGCCUGGGUUUCCAACAUGCCACACCUGUCAGCCGACAUUGAGAGCUCCCACAUCGAGCGCGAGGAGUACAAGCUGAAGGAGUACUCCAAAUCCAUGGAUGAGAGCCGGCUGGACCGGGUGAAGGAAUAUGAGGAGGAGAUCCACUCACUGAAAGAGCGGCUGCACAUGUCGAACCGCAAGCUGGAGGAGUACGAGCGGCGCCUGAUGUCACAAGAGGAGCAGACCAGCAAGAUCCUGAUGCAGUACCAGCAACGGCUGGAGCAGAGUGAGAAGCGGCUGCGCCUGCAGCAGGUGGAGAAGGACUCACAGAUCAAGAGCAUCAUCGGCAGCCUGUCCCUGCAGGUUGAUGCUGGUGGAGGAGGAGCUGCGCAGGGAUCACUCGGCCGCCCACGACGUCUCCGAACCCCGGAAACGCCUGCUCGACGCUCAGCUUUUCAUCAGGUAACUCUCUCUGACUCUGCUUUUGUCACGUGGAGGGAUCGGGGGGACUCUCGCCGUUCGGUAGCAGAUCAGGAGAGGCAGCUUUCCGCCGUGGGUACAGCAAACCCGCGUUUGAGCGGCGCUUUGGCCCAGCCAUGGAACGGGAUCCUGCCCGCCCAGCCACCGCCUCCGCCCCCGCGACUCCAGAUCACGGAAAAUGGAGAGUUCCGCAACACCGCUGCUGAGCACUAGCCACCGCCCCCGCGAGACGCGGCCCGGGGAAGAUGGGGGGCACCCCCAGCCCGCAGCUCGGCGGGAGCAGCAGAGACCCUGGCAGGGACACAGUGCCCCUCCCAAGCAAAUAAACCUGCACUGGGGGGGCACCCCCUUGGCCCCCUCCCCUUGCACCCGCGGCCCCCCCCCCCCCCCGGUUCCUGCCUCCUUGAACCAGCCUCCCCACACUGUCCUCGGGGACAGUUCAAUGCUUUGAACUCAACUUCAGGGUGUUUUAUAGCAGAACACAGAUGACAAUCUUACACCCCCUCCCAUACACCUUCCCCUCUCCUCCCAGAGGGAGCAGGGCUGACACCUCCUCCGCCCCUCCAUGGACCUCCGCUUCCCCCUGGAGGAAAUUGGGACAUUACCUCUUCGCCACUUCGAAUUUCUCAGGAGUGGUCUCAUCCUCCCCCUGGCAGCCAUUUUAUAGUAUUGCCCUCUCCUUUCCUGGUGUGUGCCCAUGGGAGAGGGGAGGGAGUAAACUCACCUCCAACCUGCCCCCAGGA